AUGAUACCUGAGUCUGUUAGAUUUGUGGUUUCCACUUUAUCUUGGACUUUAAGAGCAGGUUGUUUGGCUCAUUUAAUACAUGAGAAUGUAUACGAAUUCACAGAGACAAGAGGCGAGUCUAUGCUCCCCACAGUUCAGAAUCAACACGAUUAUGUUCAUGCAUUUAAGAAAUAUAAAUAUGGAAGAGGGUUGGAAAUGGGGGACUGUGUUGUUGCCAUGAAACCAAGUGAUCCAACGCAUCGAAUAUGCAAAAGAAUAACUGGUAUGCCCGGUGACAUAGUUCUAGUUGACCCAACGUCAUCCUCCGAAUUAACCAAUUCACCAACUGAAGCAUUACAGCAUGACGGAUUCAAUAAAUUCAUACGAAUACCACAGGGCCAUGUUUGGUGUACUGGUGAUAAUCUUUGUCACUCCUUAGAUUCGCGAUCCUAUGGAGUAUUGCCAAUGGGGUUGAUUACGGGGAAAAUUGUUGCCGCGAAUUCGAUGAAUGAAGGAAUAAGAGGAUUUUUCAAUUUCCGAUGGAUAAUAAACACCUUCUAUGUUGAGGAAUGA